CAUGGGCAACUUCUUUGGGGCUGGAAUUUGCUCCUCUGACGUCACUGCCUGUUCCUCUCCCAGAUUUGGGAAAAAAAAAGUUGUUUCACUUUAAGUGGGAUCUGAAACCCAGAUUUCAUAGAAAGCGAGGUUUCAGUGUGUGUCUAAUCAGACCUUGUCCAGAAGAGAAAAUACUGGAUUGUUUCUGAAGAACUGAGCUAUUGAAGUCAUUCAUCUUUAGAGUUAGUUGCCUGUGACUCAUCGCUGUCCAUCAAAGAAAAGUCCUAAUCAUGUGGAGUGGCCAGAACAAUGGAAGCCAGCACGGUCAUGUGACUGCCAGAAUGGAGACCAGUUUGCCAAUGGGAACUCCGAGCAUCUCGGUAUCACAGCACCAGUCUCCGAAAAAGUUCGCUCCUGUAGUGGCACCAAAACCCAAGUUCAACCCGUACAAGCCUCCAGGGGACACUACACACGACAUUGCAGGUGAUUACCCUCCACCACCUCCACCUAUAGUGGACACCAGCGGUUUGCCAUCUCCUCCGUCCUUCCCUCCACCUCCACAGAUGGACGAGAGCUCCUAUGGAUUUCAGAUCAAAGGACCAGAGAAGACCCUGGAGGAGAGACGCUCCAGCCUGGAUGCUGAGAUCGACUCUUUGACCAGUAUCCUGGCCGAUCUGGAGAGCAGCUCGCCCUAUAAGAGCCGCACGCCUCAGAAUUCUGGCACCCUACCGGUGACAAGCCCCAACGCUCCAGUUACAGGCUACAAACGCAUGGUGAUCCCCACCCAGCCACCUCUGACUGCGACCAAGAAAUCCACUCCCAAGCCUCAGGCACCUCCAUCUGCUGCUCCAGCCUCCUCUCCAUCUCCUUCCUCACGGCCUCAGCAGCCAGUUCCUGCUUCCUACAGCACGGCCUCUACCCCCAGCCAACCCACGUUCAGUGUACAGGCUCGAGCAGCUCAACCUGGCCCUCAGCAGCAGCAGCAGCAGCAGCCUGCCCGAGCCACAUAUGCGCAAGGGCAGUACAUACCCACCCAACCUCGAGGCCCUGACUUUGCCUAUGGGCCUCCACAGCCAACUUUCUCCCCAGCUGGAGGGUACCACGAGCCACACUAUGGAGCUCCGGCCCCUGGAGGCCAGAACACUUGGAGAGCUGAGCCAAGCCAUCAUGCUGUACUACCACACAAUCAGAGCUAUCAGCCUCCUGCCCCAAAGAAGACCUACAUCACCGAUCCUCCUCCCAGCAUGGCACCUUAUGGAGCAGGAGCCAUGGGAGUUCAGAAGGCUCCAGGUCAGUCCAUGGCUCACCCUGAGGAAGAGUUGGACAAACUGACCAAGAAGAUGCUAUUCGACAUGAACCACCCACCAUCAGAGGAGUACUUUGGUCGCUGUGCAAGCUGUGGGGAGAACGUUGUUGGUGAAGGCACUGGCUGCACUGCUAUGGAUCAGGUCUUCCAUGUGGACUGUUUCGUGUGCAUGACCUGCAACUGCAAGCUGAGAGGCAAACCCUUCUACGCCGUGGACAAGAAGGCUUACUGUGAGCCGUGCUACAUUAACACCUUGGAGACCUGUAAUAUCUGCAGUAAACCCAUCAUGGAGCGGAUUCUGCGGGCGACGGGUAAAGCUUACCACCCACACUGCUUUACCUGUGUGGUGUGUCACAGGAGCCUGGACGGCAUUCCGUUCACCGUGGACGCCUCCAACCACAUCCACUGCAUCGAGGACUUCCACAAGAAGUUUGCCCCUCGUUGCUCUGUGUGUAAAGAGCCCAUAAUGCCUGCUCCUGGCCAGGAGGAGACGGUCCGCAUUGUGGCCCUAGACCGAGAUUUCCAUGUGCAGUGUUACCGCUGUGAGGACUGUGGCUGUCUGCUCUCUGAGGGUGAUAAUCAAGGCUGUUACCCAUUGGAUGGUCAUGUUCUCUGCAAGAACUGCAACACCAGCCGUAUCCAGGCCCUGACUGCCAAGGCCACCACCGACCUCUGAGUCUAUUCUGUUCACACACACAUACACACACACACACACACAAAUACACACACACACACACACUCCUAAAUCAUCUGAUAGAAUAUGGCUGCAUUUAGAAAUAUCCUCACGCUUACAACUUGUACAAGCACACACACAUACACACACACACGCUGUUCAUUACGAUCACAUUGUACACGUUUGUUGCAGUCAGGCAAAAAAAAAAAAAAACAUUUUAUCUUUUUCUUCUGUAUGUAUGCUAAUAAAAAACAAACAUUUAAUAAUUGAUUGAAACUUUAAAGGUACCAUGACUAAUGAGUAGAACAAUCCAGAUGAGAAUGGAUUACAUAAGGAUAGGUAUGAUGACAAAUUGUACUUGCAUCUCUUGCUUUAUUGUUUAUUGUCUAUCUUCCAUAUGGCCAGUGGUCAAAGAGCAAAAUGUGUCAGGGACCAAUGCGUAGCAAAUAACAUUUUGUUCACAGAUAUUCCUACAGAUUCAAGUCAUCUGUGUCCCCUGACAGAGUUAUUACAGCCAGGAGUCUGUCUAAACAUCCAGCUCAGUCAGUCCAUCAUGAGCUUUAACAUUAUUCUGUAUCCUAAUCUUAUAUCUGCCUGUGCUUUCGAAGUGAAAACAGAACCAUGAUCCACUUAUUCGUUAGGAUUUUAUGACAUAGUAGCCUUGCUUUCAUCAGUCAGCAUUGAUAUUAUACUCAUAGUGUACGUAUGUAUUCAUUUGAUUCACAAUAACAUGAUACACAUGGUGAUGGGACCACACAUGUAUGUAUCGACAUGCACUUACACAGACACACACACACACCUAGACAAAAAAAUGCUCUUAUUUCUUCUUAUGGCCUUAUAAAAUAUAUUAAAGGGCUUUUGGGGGUUGUUAUUUGGGUGAAUAAUAUGCAAACAGAGCUUAAACAUGUACAAGAUAUUAAAGCUCUAGUUCCAGGUGUAUAGAUGUGGUGAAGAUGAAUCGCAGGUACACAAAUAUCAGUGCAUGUCGAGGGAAAUACAUCAAUCAAAUAAACACAAAUAGGAUUUGACAAAUAGGCAUUUCUUAAAAAUCAGUUAAACAAAAAAUAAAUCUGUAAGACUUGGAUUCAAACAACUGUCACUGGAGCGACGUUUACAUUCUUUGACGAAGUGUGUAUAUAAUUACAUACUUAUGCAGUUCGUAGAGAGGUUUAUUAUAUGGAAUAGGACUGUGAACCCAAACAUAUAUAACCAAAGUGUGAGUAAUGCUGCAGUGUACUGCUGCUUCCUCCUAGUAUUCAGUAUACUGCUUUCCACAUAGCACAAUUAUUCUAUUUAUAUGCAUAUCAUGAACAAUAACGUGUUUAUUGCAACAGUUGUAUUAAUACAAAUUCUGAGAAAUGAGAAUCUGAGUAAAUGAGAAACUUACGACGGUAUCAAGUGAAAAAUCUGAGAAACCUAAGGCAGUAUAAAGUGCCUUAAAUAUUUUUUGGUUAGUACAGUCCACAGAAAGAGAAACACUGCAAUGAAAUCAGUUAUGGUGUGACAAUCAAACCAAGAGGUUAAAAUGGUAUUAAAAAGAAUUCAAUCCUAGAAGAUUAUAACCAGAGUAGUUUAAAAACAAUAAAAGAUUUUUUUGUAGGCUCUUAUAAACCAUACUAUGAGCAUUCAUUCUAAUAUUGUCAACUUAUGAAAUGUAGUAUUAGACCUAAAUAGCAAAGAAAGUAUUAUAAUGAUUAGGGUAAAAAAUUGUAUUAAUAGGAUUUAAUUUUUAGCUUUAUAAAAGAAUAACAAUAUGCAAUUUCCUUUUUAUUAUUGCAUUGACACUUUAUAUAUAAUAAUAUGCAGAACCUAUUUUUUUUUUUUUUUUUUUUACUCUUCAGGAAAUAUUUGAAUUGUGAGUAAGCAAUAAGUUUUCAACACCACACCUCUUCCUCCUGUGUGCUGUUUCUGGUCAGUUUCAUCAUCCUGCUCUUAAGGUGUUACAACACAGAGAGGUGGUUAUUCUUUAAGUAGCAAAGGCACACGUGUUCUCUGUUUUCUGUUCUUGUGCGCUUUUGUUCAAAUUGUAGUACUGCUUUUACUGUUUCUUUAUAUUUUUAACUGUGUUGCUUCAUUAGUGAGGAAAAAAACAAGGGAUUUUAAUGAUGUAAAAACAUUAAAGUGGAAUUGAACACGAGGACUAAAAUGUACUGUGUUGCUCAGGGUGGCCUCAGUUAGAUUUGUUUGGCCUCAGUCAGGUAUUUUCUAGAUCGGACCAUAAAUUUACCAGAGCUUAAAUGUUCCUGAAUUUUCUUACGUUUUUAAGAAAACCCAUUAGUGUAUUUGGGGUUAUUCCUGACUGUUAGAAAGGAUAUAACAGGAGAAAGGAAAUUUGUUAUUAUGAAAUCUUCGACAAGUUGAUCAAUUAGCAAUCUUCAUCUAUGUUUUAUGUCAAUUUUUGAUUUUGUACUUAUUCCCUCACUGUCUCUGUAUUAGUUCUUCUAGCCUUAAUAAACUUUUUUUCGCAAAA